GUCACUUGUCACUUUUGACAGCGAUUUGUUUUGAUUGGUUGUAUAUGCGCAGGCCCAUUCCUUCUGUUUUUAGGUUGUUGUCAAGAUGAAGAUCGGACUUUGCGCCUACAGCGGGUACAAAAUCUACCCCGGCCACGGUAAAACCCUGGUCAAAGUUGAUGGAAAAACAUUUACAUUCUUAAACUCGAAAUGUGAAAGGGCUCAUUUGAUGAGGAGGAAUCCUCGUAAGGUCACCUGGACGGUGCUCUACAGGCGUAAGCACAAGAAGGGACAAGAGGAGGAAGCCACCAAAAAACGUACCCGCAGGACCCAAAAAUUCCAAAGGGCCAUCGUAGGUGCUUCUUUAAAUGACAUUCUGGCUAAGAGAAAUCAAAGGCCUGAAGUGAGGGAAGCCCAGAGAGAACAAGCCAUUCGUGCGGCUAAGGAAGCCAAGAAAUCAACUAAACCAAUCACGAAAAAAGCUGCGGCCCCUGCUAAGGCGAAACCUGCGCCCAAACAAAAAGUAGCCAAGGUGAUCCAAAAGGCUGCCCCCAGGGUCGGAGGAAAACGAUAAGUUGACCUUAUUGUUAUUUUUUAUUUAAUAAAAGGAUAAGUUUUUAAGUCAA